ACAAUUUCAAACACACGCACACUCUUCACUUCAGUGUCACUGAAAUCGAAAAACCAAAAUUUCCAAAACCAGCAAUUGCCAAUUACCAACUCUUAUACCUCAUCUUCAUGUUGUGAUUUCCCAAGUUAAACCCUUCGUAGAAAUGUUGGUGAAGCUGCAACUCUUGUACACCCACCCACCCCUUCUCGCAAACGGAAACGCGCUUUUCCCGCCAGAAAAGCCCGACCAACUUUCCGGCAGAAAGCAAAGACUCCCUCUUCACAACGGCGCCGUCAAGCCAGAUAGCCACUCAAGGAAACGCCGUCCGAAUCCCGAAGAGGGUGUCCCCAGAAAGAGCAAAACGGAAGCGGAGAAGCCGCACGCCAAGUGUUCGACGAAACGCCCCUCUUACGGUGGAGACAUUCCCGCGAUUCUCGAGGCCCUGGACACGGUUCCCGACGUGGGCGCGGCUCUUGGGCCGUGGGAGGACACGCUCAGCAACAAGGAAAGGAGCAUCAUUUUGAAGGAGCAGUUGAGGUGGGACAGAGCUUUGGAGAUUUUUCAAUGGUUCAAUGAGAAGGGUCAUGAAUUGAACGUGAUUCACUACAACAUUGUGCUCCGGAGCCUCGGUAGAUCGCGCCAGUGGAGGCACGUGGAGGGUUUGUGGAAAGAGAUGAAUGAUAAAGGCGUUGUUGCCACUAGCUCCACUUAUGGAACUUUGAUUGAUGUUUAUAGCAAGGGAGGGAGGAGAGACGACGCGCUUUCGUGGCUUGACAUGAUGUUGGGACAUGGGGUGGAGCCUGAUGAGGUCACUAUGGUGAUUGUGGUUCAGUUGUAUAAGAAAGCUGGAGAAUUUCAGAAAGCUGAGGACUUUUUCCGAAAGUGGUCAUUGGGUAAACCAUUGAGCAAACCACUGAGGAGCAAACCAUGGAGGAGCAAUGAUAGUGUGGUGGCUGCUCCGGAUAUGGAUGAUGAGAGGGUGUUGUGUGGUAAUGCUUCUUUUGGCUCGCAUACUUAUAACACCUUGAUUGAUACUUAUGGAAAGGCUGGUCAACUUAAAGAGGCUUCUGAGACCUUUGUGGAGAUGCUUAAACGAGGUGUGGCACCGACUAUUGUGACGUUCAAUACGAUGAUUCACAUAUGUGGAAACCAUGGACGGUUAGAGGAGGUGAGUUUGCUUGUUAAGAAAAUGGAAGAGCUUCGAUGCUCGCCGAACACGAGGACGUAUAAUAUUCUUAUAUCUCUUUAUGCUAAGCAUGAUGAUAUAGGUAUGGCAACAUGUUAUUUUAAAACAAUGAAGGAGGCGUGCCUUGAGCCUGAUCUUGUGAGUUACCGGACUCUCUUGUAUGCGUACUCGAUAAGGAAAAUGGUUGGUGAAGCAGAAGAGCUUGUAAAAGAGAUGGAUGAGAGGGGGUUUGAAAUUGAUCAAUAUACCCAGUCUGCUUUGACUAGGAUGUACAUUGAAGCCGGAAUGCUUGAACGGUCCUUGUUAUGGUUUCUGAGGUUUCAUGUAACUGGCAAUAUGACAUCUGAGUGCUAUGCUGCCAAUAUUGACGCAUAUGGGGAGCACGGCCACACUUUGGAAGCUGAGAAAGUCUUCAUUUGGUGCCGAGAACGGAAGAAUCUCAGCGUCCUUGAGUUUAAUGUGAUGAUUAAAGCUUAUGGCAUAGGGAAAUGCUAUGAGAAGGCGUGUCAAUUGUUUGAUAGUAUGGAGAAACAUGGUGUAGUUGCAGACAGAUGCAGCUAUACUUCUCUAAUACAAAUUUUGGCCAGUGCUGACCUGCCGCAUAUUGCCAAACCUUAUCUGAAAAAAAUGAAGGAGGCAGGGCUAGUAAGUGAUUGCAUCCCAUACUGUGCUGUGCUUUCCAGCUUUGCAAAAUUAAGUCAAUUGGAAAUGGUUGAAGACACAUACAAGGAAAUGAUUAGGCAUGGUGUGCAGCCUGAUGUUAUAGUCUAUGGCAUAUUGAUCAAUGUUUUCUGUGAUAUUGGAAGGGUUAAAGAAGCCAUUGGUUAUGUUGAUGAAAUGAAGAAAGCUGGCUUGCCAGGUAAUACAGUUAUAUAUAAUUCUUUGGUCAAGUUGUACGCAAAAAUUGACAACAUGGAAAAAGCACAAGAAGCAUACAAGUUGCUUCAAUUAUCAGAAGAAGGUCCUACUGUAUAUUCUUCAAACUGUAUGAUGGAUCUUUAUGUUAAGCGAUCUAUGGUUGAUCAAGCAAAAGAGAUAUUUGAGACUUUAAAGAAAAAUGAAGCAGCAAAUGAAUUUACGUUUGCGAUGAUGCUACGUUUGUAUAAGAAAAUUGAGAAGUUUGAUGAAGCCAUUCAAAUUGCAAGGCAGAUUAGAAAAAUGGGACCCUUGACAGAUUUAAGUUAUAAUAAUGUGCUUGACCUGUAUGCUAUUGCUGGGAGACCCAAGGAAGCGAUAUUGACUUUUAAGGAAAUGGUAAGAGCUUCCAUUCAAGUUAAUGAGUGUAGUUUUAGAUCUCUUGGAAUUCUUUUGCUAAGAUAUGGAGUAUCAAGGCAAGCUGUUGGCAAAUUAGAAGCAUUAGUGAAAAAGGAUGCUUCCAAAGGUUUGCAGGCAUGGAAGUCAGCACUCUCUAGUGUGCUUGAAGUAAAUGAUUAUGAUCAUGACUAGAUACAUUCUCUGCAACUUAUACCUUGCUUAAUCAAGCAUGUAAAGCUCGGUUGUUUAAAUGACACGAGAAUAGGACUCUGGGUUGAAAACAAGACAGCAUGCCAGUUGCUUUGCUCCCAUUCUUUCACCAAUUCAAAUUUCCAAGUGCAUUGGGUUGAAGCUGUGUGAAUAGACAAACAACUUUUGAACAUGAUCUAUUCUAUAUAAACCUCGCAAUCUGACUGUGGACUGAGGUAUGAGGAUCGAUCAAUCACCUUGUACUUUUUACCAAACACAAGCCAAGGAAUUCUGAAGCCCUGUGACCUUGAACCAAUGACAACGAGACAGAAUGCAAGCACAAAUCGUAUAAAUUUGAUUGGACCACGAGAGAGAAUCAAGUGUAAAUUGAAAUAAAAAAAAAAAAAAAA